GGUACCCGCUGUCCGCCCGCUGAGACGCGCCCGGCUGGGGACCGGCGGGGCCUUUGGCGCUCCCCGCCGCGCCCUUCCCCCUUCUGGGAGCUGCGCUGCUGCUUCCCGGGGGCGAGGGGACGGGGGGCCGAGACAAAGCCCACUUUGUGCGGGGAGUUGGCCGCAGGCGUGGAAUGAGCGCGUCGGCGUGCGCCCCCUCCCCGCGCCCAGCCAGCUGUGAGUCUUGGCUCCCUCGCUCGUCGCCUCGGAGAAGUCGCGCUCCCUCGUCACCCUCCUGUCCGGGGGUCCCGGCUGCGAGCUGAUGCGCCCCAGAGUAGCCCCGGUACCCCCCCGGAGCGCGCGCUGGUGUGAGCGUGCGAGAUUUCGGAGAGGAAUUUGUUCUCCAAGACUCCGACUUGGGGCGCCCGGGUGGUCUGGACACCGGUGCCUUGACCCUCCGUGGCCGCAGGUCUGAGCUGUCUGGCCUCAGUUUCCCUCCGACUUUGCUCCACUCUGCAAGCCCAGACUGCUGCCCGUCAUUGUUCUCGCUGUCAAAAGGGGGAGCUUUGUGAUGGCUGCCAAGUUGGGGUGUGUUCUCUUUAUCCCGUUUUACAAAAAGAACAAAGCCUCUAAGGCUGACCGCGGGACAACCACCUCUCUAUCCCCUACUUCACGUUGAGGCACUGAUUUUUUUUUUAUUGAGUAGUAUUUUAUUGUACAGGAGCCACGCCCUGGUUUCUUAAAGGCGCCUUGCACUCUGUUUGGCCAUGUGUUAUCUCUGCAGCUGGUGUGUGGGAGGCCUCCUUUGAGCCACCUAUUUUUUUCCUGCCUUCUGAUACAUACUCCUACCCCCAUCAAGGAUUCGGGGAUGCCAGGGGGGAAGAAGGUGGUCGGGGGUGGCAGCAGCGGCGCUCCCCCCACUGCAGCUGCGGCCCCCUCUGGGGUCAGACGCCUGGAGACCAGCGAAGGGGCCUCAGCCCAGAGAGAUGAUGAGCCAGAGGAGGAAGGGGAAGAGGACCUGCGAGACGGAGGCGUCCCCUUCUUUGUCAACCGGGGUGGGCUGCCUGUGGAUGAGGCCACCUGGGAAAGGAUGUGGAAGCACGUGGCCAAGAUCCACCCCGAUGGAGAGAAAGUGGCCCAGCGGAUCCGAGGGGCCACUGACCUGCCCAAGAUCCCCAUACCGAGUGUGCCUACAUUCCAGCCCUCCACGCCCGUCCCUGAGCGCCUGGAAGCCGUGCAGCGCUACAUCAGGGAGCUGCAGUACAAUCACACAGGGACACAGUUCUUUGAAAUUAAGAAGAGCAGACCUCUGACAGGGCUGAUGGACAUGGCCAAGGAAAUGACCAAAGAGGCUCUGCCAAUCAAAUGCCUGGAAGCCGUGAUCCUGGGAAUUUACCUCACCAACAGCAUGCCGACCCUGGAGCGCUUCCCCAUCAGCUUCAAGACCUACUUCUCAGGGAACUACUUCCGCCACAUCGUGCUGGGGGUGAACUUCGGCGGCCGCUACGGGGCGCUGGGCAUGAGCCGGCGCGAGGACCUGAUGUACAAGCCGCCGGCCUUCCGCACGCUCAGCGAGCUCGUGCUGGACUACGAGGCCGCCUACGGCCGCUGCUGGCACGUGCUCAAGAAGGUGAAGCUGGGCCAGUGCGUGUCCCACGACCCGCACAGUGUGGAGCAGAUUGAGUGGAAGCACUCGGUGCUAGACGUGGAGAGGCUGGGCCGGGAGGACUUCCGCAAGGAGCUGGAGCGCCAUGCGCGCGACAUGCGGCUCAAGAUUGGCAAAGGGACUGGCCCGCCCUCCCCCACCAAGGACCGGAAGAAGGAUGUUUCCUCCCCACAGAGGGGCCAGUCCAGCCCCCACCGCAGGAACAGCCGCAGCGAAAGGCGGCCAUCGGGUGAGAAGAAGCCUUCUGAGCCCAAAGCCAUGCCAGACCUCAAUGGGUACCAGAUUCGGGUAUGAGGCACGCGGCAGAGCCCAGCCUCACCACUUCCAGGGGCUGGGAUCCGUCUCCCAGAACCGGCCACAUUCAUGGGGAGGACGGGGCUGGGGACCGGGCAGGGUGGGAGGCAGCAGGAAGAGCCUGUCCCCGCUCAGCCCCCCAAGCCACUACCCCUCUUGCUGGGCCAAGCCCCCUAACUUUGGGCCAAGAAGCAGUAUUUUCUUUGGAGUUUCUAACCCUAUAACUGAAGUUUAAAGGAUUUGGGGAAAACUUAAAACUAAUGGAUCUGCCAGUGGCCGGAAGGCCAGUGCUUAGGAGAUCUAAGUGCCACAAGGUUGGGCAGGGAGGGGGCUGCUGCCUCUACUGGUCUCUCUCUGGGACUUGGGUCCAUCCUAUCUGUGGGGAAUCUCCCAGCCCCACUAAGCCUGUGGCAGGAUGGGGGUGGGGCAUAGGGAGAGAUGGAGGUAUUCCUCCAGUUCUGUCUGUCCUGGCAGAAUCUUGACCCAGGGAACGGGAAGCAGGGUAGAAAUCAUCCUGAGAAAGGUCUGUGUGGCCAAUAUCAGGAGCUUGGCACAAGGCCACAGCUGCUCCCAAGAGCAGAGUCCACAGCCCAGGACAGCCCUGUGCCCUCGUGGCCCAUGGACAGUGCUGUGUGGGCUGUAGGGGAGCCCAGGAGAGACCACUCGAGGAGGAGAUACCAGGCCCAGAUCCUACUUAGUCUACUUAUUUAGCCCAGCGCUGCCUGCUACUGAAGCCAGGGGGGCUUCCUGCAGAGGGUCUGGGCCUUGCCCAAGGCCCAGAGUUGCCCUGGGCUCAGCGUGACUGUAGGGACUGAGCAGACCCAGUGGGUCCAGGCAGCACGGCUGGGGAUAGAGUGAUACACUUGGGCCCGGGGCUAUCCCCUGCAGUCCUGUCCCCAAGGGUUGGGGGCGGGGGGAGGCACUGCUACUCCCCCCUUUCUGUUACCUCAGUCCUUGCCAUGAAAACAAAGACCAGAUCAGGAUGCUUGCACCUGAUGCCUGUCACCCCUCAUUUAGCAGCCUGUCUGGGCUUGGGGGUGCCACUUACGAUCAGGCCUGCUGCGUGUGGCUUAUCAGGGAAGAAUCUGAACACCGGGAGUGUGCAGUCUGCCUGGCAAGUGUGAGAUCCUUGGCAGGCAACUGAGAGUGGAAAGAAGUUGGCUAUGUUGGGGGAAGGUUCUGGAAGCUCAAAUGACAAGGAGUUGGUAGGACAAGGGUGCACCACAGAGGAGUGGAGCCUGAGAAGGAGUGUACGUGAGGGAAGGAUGUGGGGGGAGAGUUUAGAAUCCGGCUGCUUGGAGGAAUAGUGAGUUCUCUGUUGCUGGAAGCAUGCAAGCGAAGUCUGGAAGCCGUAGAGAGGGGAGAGGGUAUGGAAGGGUAGCUGGAGGAAGGGACCAUUAAGGUUUCAUUUCACAGAGAGGCUCGGGUGCAGCCAGGGGCCAGGCCCUGGAACAGGGAUGACCAGAGCUAGACUUGUAAACUCAGAGGCCCACGGGGCCACGCAGAUUAAAAGGUGGAAUUGAAAGGUGGGCAGCAGGGCUGGGUGGGCACUGGGACAAACGAGAGACGGCACGUCCCAUUCAAGCGGCAGCUACUGCUCCGCUCCUCUCAGAGUGUGGGCCCUGCAUUACCAGGUUGUCUGAUUUUUUUCCCCAGAAGCCAGAACUCUGAAUUUUUGUGUGAAAUAUCCUGAUUUUUAAAUGUUGGCAAUUGGUUCAGAAAAUGUAAAAACCCAACAUGAAAGGGGAUGCCAGUUUGCAAUCUCUAAGGUAGAGUUUGUGCUGGGGAGAAGCCCACUGAGACGCAAAAGCCAGUUCGAGGCUUCCCCGGAGCAGGCAGGGCCCGGGCAGGGUCCUCAUCCCUGAGGCUUCUCCCGGGGGGGUGGCGGUGGGCAGCUGGCUCCUUGCAGACCCCACCGGAGUCACCAGUGGCAGCGGAGUAGUGAUGGCGCAGCUCCCAGCCUGCCAGGGAGAUGGAUGGUGCCUGAGAAGCAGAGGGAGGGAGGGAGAGAGGGAGACCGGACGACUUGGCUGAUGAGUGCCCAUCGGGGAAGCCCCAGGCCUUGGCAGCUCUACACACCAGCAGCUCUGGCCCAGGGCCAGGCCCAGAAGGAGGGCAGUCCCUUGGGCUAUUCAGGGGUCACUGGGCCUUGCGGAGGGACCUAACCUGCCCUGGACAUAAUCCCCAGCCAGACCAAUUCAAGGGCCAUCGUGACCCCUGUGACUCACCAUCCCACCCUGUCCCUGUUUUUAGUGAGUGGGGUGGUAGUCCCCACGUCCCCACAAUGGGAGUUGCUCAACCCACAGACUCCUUCCCCAGAGUCCUCUGUGGAGAUGAGUGUGAAAUGAGGCCCACCCCUGUUGCCGCCUGCAAGAGGGAGCUGAUCACCCUGAGCUGAUAACACCCAGGAGCCCCCUUCCUCGCUGAGACCUUGGGCCCUGGAGGCUACCACAGGAUACAGCGGUGCUUUUUAAUUUAUUUUUAACAUUUCCUCCUAUGUAGCAAUCCCUCCUCCCCUCCCGAGCAUGUUUACACAGGCUCUGCUCCCUGGGGCUGGCCUGACUACAGAUUCUGGGGAGGCAGGGGCAGGGACUUCGGGGCCUUAGUCACCAUCCUUGGUUUCACCUCAUCUACUUCCUGUGAGGAACAGGGGCCUGGCUCCUGACUCAGGACUGCCUUCCAUCACCCAUGGGGGCUCCUCUGCCCCUAGGGGUGGGGGCUUCUGGCCAAGGAGGCCCCAAGGUGAGGUCAGAGAAAGCUGCUUCAUGAAGGUGGGUCCAGGUGGCCAGGACUGGUCCCCCCAAAGCCCCGCGCCUGGUGCUCAGUGCCAGCUUAGAACACUGGGAGACUGGGUUUCAGCGCCAUCCUGCCCACCUAACUGCCAUCCUCUCCCUCACUUCCAUGGCCUCAACACAGUCAUGUCCCCCUCACACAUCAUGCCAGACCCCAUCCUCCUGGGUGUGGCCCAGUGAGGAGGGUAGCGGCCCCCCAGCCCGGAUGCCAUGAAGCCUAGGGCCAGGGUUCCAAGGAGCAGAAAGGGCCCAGAGGUUGGUGGUGUCUGAUUUCUGGCCCUGUCUGCCAGCACAUGCCCCAUUCCUUCCAGCUUGGACUUGACCUCCUGGCUCUGAGACAGGGUGCAGUCCUGGUCAGCAGCAUGCGUGGAGGCCCACGUAUCUGUGUGAGCCUGGGUCCCCUGCCUGAGUAGCUUUUUGCCUUCGAUGCAACACCCCCACCCCAGGCCCACACUCUAGCCUUGAAGUAGAGGAAGGUGCAAAGCUGGGCCAGCAUGUUGACCAUGUUCUUUGCGCCAGAGCACCCCUCUGCUGCAGUCUCCACUUGCUCCUGCUGAGAAACCAGCUGAAGGGUGGGCGGGCCUCUGGAGUGUGGGGUGGAAGGGGUUCCCCAGGGCUGCUGUGGCACUGCUGCUGCUGCAGGCUUGCCACUGUUGGCCUCCAUGUGCUCCUGGGUCCCAGGCUCCCCCUUCUCUGGAGUGCUUGGCCUCAGGGGCCUGGUGAUAGGGGACUCCCCUCCCUUAAGCUUUGUGUUGGGCUGCCUGUGGGUCCUUCCUGCUCUUCCCGUGUCAGUAUUGUCCCUCCCCUCUCACUUUUACUCCCCUCUCAUUGCUGUGCUCUGUUUUUUCCUGAAAUGAAUAAAGGCUCCCGGCUCCGGCUGCACGGGCUGGGCAGAAGCCACACGGAAA